UCUUAUAGCCUCCAUGAAGAGCAAGAAGAAGAUGAGUGGCCAGUUCAUGAUGAGUGAGGUCAUCCUGGAAGGGUCGUUAGAGCGCCCCCUACCCCUGUCGGAACUUGUCCUCCCUGUUGUGACAACGUGGGCAUCACUGGAGGAAGAUAUAUGCACAAAUGCCAAAAUCUGCAUGAACAACUUAGAAACGCUGGAGAAACUACAGUCAGCGCUGGAUCCAUGUCGAGCCUUGAUUGGAGAGGUCAAGUUCAGCGACAAGAAGAAGUUCUCCAAGUAUACCUUUCAGUUAAAACAGGGGAAACUUGUGUGUUUCAAAGAUUCAAAGGGUACACAUCAGCUGCACUCCUGGAAUGUAGAAGACAUUGUCAUCUAUCUGGGCAUCGACAGUCGCAGAUCAGGAGGAAAGUCCUCACACGGGCUCACAUUCAUCGUGAAGGGCGAAAAGUGUGUCAAGGGCUACUUUGGGCGGAGUCUAUGUUUCACGUCUGAGAUUGAAAUGUUGAAAUGGGCAUCUGCACUCCUUGUUGCCAAGCAUCCGGAAGGCAUCCUGGCAUCGUUUUCCUGAAACUCAUCCCUGUACCUACAUCUGUGAACUCCGUCAGUGAAUCAUUGGACAGUGUUGUGAUUCGUGCUGGACUACAAGGCCGGGGGUCAGCCUACAACUAUACGUGACUCUGCUGGCCUUGCCGGCCUCUCCUCCAGCCCCCACAGACGUGAAGUCUGUCCAUAUAGUGAGAUCCUAGCUGCUGUAGCCCACAUGUUUGUGGUUCUAUGUGUCACAAUGACUGUAUGAGUGUGGUUCCUGUCAACUGGACUUGUUUCAUGUACAAGGGAUGCAUGUUAGUGAGAACAAGAGGGUGAGGUUUUGCGGUAUGAGGUGUUGCGGUAUGAGGUUUUGCGGUAUGAGGUGUUGCGGUAUGACCCCUGUGGAGCCCAAGGUCAUUCCACAUUCCUGGAAGUGGUCACAGUGGAUGAUAUUGUUCAUGCCAAGACAUCCUUUAUACUGAUCCAAGCUGUGCUACAUUGAAGCAUCCUUUUGAGGAAGUGUUAGUUUCAUGCAACAAUUGACCAUCAGUAGACCCUGUUGUUUAUAACAAUGAUCCUGUUGAAGCUUAAUGAAGAAGUACAAUCAGCCUCCCAAGGUGGUCGAGUUUUAUCUGUGAUCUCGAUGUUCUGGUUCAUUCCUCAAGCCAAUGUGAUCAACUGAGAAGUGUCAGCCAAUGAGAAUUUAAGGAGCAGCCUUAUGGGUUGUAUAUUACAGGGAUGAAGAUCCAGCCAAGCAGAUGAAUGUUGACGAACCAAUCAGAGCCAUUGUUACAAGUUACAGGGGAGGUGGUGGACAGACUACAAUAUGUGAUGUGUGACACUAUCAGGGCCACUGUACAGAGUGAACAAUGUGGCUUGAGGAUAGUGGAACAAGUGUGCGUAAGCAUCUCCCCAUACUGACAUCAGUGUAGUGGAGUUGACAGCUUGUCACACUGUGUGGCCCUAUGCAGGACUGGUAGUCACUGUUGAAGUAACUUACUUCUAGAAAUGUACAUGUUCAUGAAAAUAAUGGAGUUGUUGCUUAUCACUUUGGAGAUUCUGUCACAAAGACUCAUAAUUAAAAUGGUGCUUGUGUCUAUGACAGUGUGAAUGGCCUGUGGAAGAAGACUGUUCGAGUUUGAGUGAUUGUAGUACUUGAUUAAUUUGGAGGGUGUUUUUUCUCCCUUUUGAAGUUUAGCGUUUGAGCGACAUGACAACUUAACUUUCUACAUGCCUUAAAGCACACUGAGAAACAUAAUGUCUGAGGCUUAUCCCUUUGUGCCAAAAAUUAGACAUUCAACUUAUAUACAUGGUGACAAAGAUGUUGCAAUAAGAAGAGUUGUGCAGGGGUCAAAUGAUAUUUCCUUCUUUGGUAUGUUAAUUAAUCAAAGUUCUAGAGCUUUGAUUGAAGAUACUAUGCUGACUAUGGAUAGCUGUAUUUCAAAAUGUCACAUGUUUUCUAAUGAUGUUUUGAACACAUGCAGUGAAGAUGCAGCCACUUGUGUGUGUAUCUUCAUGUAGUGUUUCUUGCUGGAAUAAAUCAGUUUACCUGGAUCUGUGCCAUGGUCACUUUGGUACAUGACACAUGGCUCCAGAGUAGGAGCAACAAACACGAUCCAUAUUUUUAAAACAAACAUACAGUACGUUGUAUUGUUAACACAGUCCAUAAUGAUCACAGACACAGACACAGACACACCUCCAUUGUCACACAUACUUACAGGGGUGGAAAUAAAUUUAAAAUUGCUAGUGUACUCUGGUACAGUGUAACAUGUAAGAUCACUUGCCCUGAUAAUUUUUCCACAUAUCAUACGAUUUUCUUGUUCAUGUUUUAAAUAAACAACAGAGAGAGAGUACAAAAAAUACAUGUUUGUUUGUGCGCAUACAAUACAUAUACGUAAAUAUAAUGCAUCAAUAUAUAACAAUCAGACAGGUAGGUUUCUCUUCAGAUAGAUUGCUUGGCUUUUAAUAACAUUCUUAUUGUUGUGCAUAACAACUGCUUCAACUUAAAUACAGAUGGAUUUAUAUGAUAAUACCCAGGAAUAAGCUGCAUCCUACUUGUAUGGUAGUAAGGACAUACUAAUAGAAAGUGGUAUUCAUCCUCUACGACAUCUAAAUGACACUUACUACAUAUUGCUAUAGUAUCGUCGACAUUGUCUUUUUUGAAGCACAACUGUUGGACACCCAAAUUGUGCGAUAAGCAACGAAAUUUACAUAAAAUGCGCCUCAAGUCUCUAUUAGUGUACAACGCAGUUUUGUACUCUUCUGCUUCCAAAACUGUUUAACUUUGGAAAGUCAGCUGGACACUGGUACAGCGUCAUAUGCAAACUUGCUUGCCCGACAGAUAAAAACACUGGACUGGGACGUUGGGCAAUGGGUUAUUUCCACCCCUGACUUACAUUGUCUCCCACAGAUACACACAGUUACACAGUGGACCAUCAAUCAUGUCGUACUCGCAACACACACAUCAAGUGUGUAACAUGACUGAAGCUGAGUGUUUUUACUUCAGUUAGUGUUCAACAGCUGGCAGAUCUAAUCAGUCUUUUAACUGUCACAGUGAGUGUUUUACUUCAGUUAGUGUUCAACAGCUGGCAGAUCUAAUCAGUCUUUUAACUGUCACAGUGAGUGAUUCCUCCUUCCCCGUUAUUUACAGCCUACCUGCAUAUCCAACACUCCACCUGAUUUUACCUUUCCUCAUGGAAACACCUAGUCAGUGACUUGUAGACAUUCUGCUUCUGUUUCUCACCGUCUUGCCAUGUGCCCCUCAGGUUAAGCAAGCCACACAAAGCCAUGUAAAGCCAUGUAUGUCAAGUUUAGAGUAUACUAUAGUUGGGGAUUCAACACCUAAGUUUGCAGUCUGAGAAAUCCUGUCAAUAUAUGAGAUUUUAGUGUUCCUUCUCUUAUUAUUGUUUCAGUGUCUCCUUGUUGCCAACCUGAUUGUGUCAGUAGAAAAA